AAUCUUCACUUUUCUUUCCCACAAUCUUUUGUUCACGAUGGGUUUUUUCGUCUCUACCAAAUCUUUCUCGAUUUCUAUUCCACUUAUUCGCGUUUAAGUGGCUGUUCUCUCGCUUUUCGCCUCGAUUCCAUCUGGGUUUUCAUUGUUUGUUCACACCCUGUUGCUGAAUCGUCUGUUGGGUUUCUGUGUUUUGCCUUGAAUUUUAUAUAAUUGCCUUCUUUCCCCUGCUUUGGGUUAUGGGUUUGUGGUUUUUUCACUUGGGGUUCUAACGCUUUCGUGGAAAUUCACCGGGUUUGCGUUGUUUUCUCCAAGUUCCUUUGAAUUUUCUUGUUUCCCCAAUGAACAACAUCUUUCUUCCUUUGUGACUUUCUUGCUUCUGACCGUAAGAAUUGGCUUCUGUGGAGGCGGUUCCUCGUGAUUUUUUCUUUUCUUUCUUUCUUCUGAGCUUUGAAAGAUGAGGUGUUUUUUUAAUCCAAAGGGCAAAUCCAAGGCUAAAGGGAUAUCCAAAUCUGCUCCAGAGUUGAACCAAGGAGAAAAAUCAGACAAAUCGGCCAAGGGAAAUGGUUUCAGACCAUCGAAUUCGUUGCCUUCACGGAGUAUUCCUGAAUUGUACAAAGAGAAGGAGCAAAAUUUGAGGGUAUUUUCUCUUCAAGAGCUCAGUGAUGCAACAAAUGGCUUCAACAGGAUGUUGAAGAUUGGGGAGGGCGGUUUUGGGUCUGUGUAUAGAGGAAGAGUUAAGCCCACAACUCCCGAUGCUGAUCCUCUUGUGGUCGCCAUUAAAAAACUCAACCAGCAUAGCUUGCAGGGUCAUAAAGAAUGGCUUGCAGAAGUUCAAUUUCUCAGUGUAGUUAGUCAUCCGAAUCUAGUUCAACUUCUGGGUUAUGCUACUGAAAAUGGCGAGAGAGGGAUCCAAAGACUGUUAGUCUAUGAGUUCCUUCCCAACAGGAGCUUGGAACACCAUCUUUUCCAAAGAGUGUCGCCGACUCUCCCAUGGAAGCAAAGAUUAGAGAUUAUCAUUGGUGCAGCUCUGGGCUUGGCAUAUUUACAUGGAGGAUUAGAAGCCCAGGUGAUAUAUCGGGAUUUUAAAUCGUCGAAUGUGCUUUUGGAUGAGAACUUCAAGCCUAAACUCUCAGACUUUGGCCUUGCUAGAGAAGGCCCGUCCGGCGAUCAUACGCACGUUUCUACAGCAGUACGUAGGGUGGUUGGAACACAUGGAUAUGCUGCUCCAGAGUAUGUCGAAACAGGUCGUCUCACAAGCCAGUGCGAUGUAUGGAGUUUCGGUGUGGUUCUGUAUGAACUUCUCACAGGCAGACGAGCACUGGAUAGAAACCGCCCUGGGGCAGAGCAGAAGCUUCUACCUUGGGUGAGGCAGUUUCCAGUUGACAGCAGUAUGUUCACCAUGUUAAUCGAUCCUCGACUCCGAAACCAGUAUUCCUUGCCUUCUGCCCGGGAAGUCGCAAAGUUGGCAGACCGGUGCCUGAACAAGAAUGCAAAGAGUCGACCAACGAUGACAGAAGUAGUUGAAAGUUUGCAGAAAGCACUGCAAAUAUCGGAAGAGAAAACAGGCUCUCAAAGUAGUCAGAAACAGUCUCCAUCAAAACUUGUUGAUCAAAAACGUGUCAGAGUUGGAAGAAAAGGAAAGGCCUGAUCUCCUAAAUUCCUUCACUUGGUUACUGACUGAGAUAUAUAUACAUUCUUCAGGAUCAAGUAUGAAAAGUUUUGAACUUCUGCCACUCAAAAAAAUUCAUCUUUUUUAGCACAAAGUCUUGGAAAUAUUUGAUCAUGUGAAUCUUGUUCAAUUCACUGAGGAGCUGUACAAUUUUUUUUCCUUCAAAUUUUCUAUUUGUUUACUCUGUGCUUGGAUUCAAGAACAGAUUCUUUGAAGGUGUAGUAAAUCUGUUCUGAGUAGAAAGUGCGAGAAAGAGGAGAAAUGCAACAAUGUUUUUAUGUGGUUUCGUCCACUGAGCUAUGCUCAAAUUAUUUAUCUUUAAUCAAAAGUUAGUAAAAAUAUGAUCAAAA